AUGAGGAAAGGUCUCCACAUUGGUCUCAUUACCAACGCCUUCCGCUAUCUUCCUUUUGGAAAGGCUUUAAACCUUGUUUCCUUAGAAGGGUGCUUUUCUGAACAAGUGCCCCUCUCCCGUUGUUCAACAACCACAACCCUUCCAGCCGGAACCCGCGGGGUUCGACCUAAAUCUGCCUCAAGGGGGGGCGGAGCCCGCCGUCGGGAUAGAGCGAGACUUUUUGAUCUAAACCUACCUGCUCAACCGGAGCCGGGGGAGAUUGAGGAUAUCGGGAGUAGGUUCUCGAAAAAGGAGCUGAUUAGCAUGGGCCUGCCUGCGAACCUACAGAAUUUAUCAUUAGAACAGCAGCAAGACCUCUGGUUGCGGGCUUGGGAGCAUUUCCGGCUCAAGGUCCAAAUAAUAGAACUCUUUAAGGCUCGGUUUCCAAAGGAAAAUUGGAUACAAUCCGAGUCCGUUAGGAAAACUAUUUUCAUUUCUCAUUUCCGAGAUAAUGAGUUCUACCUAGAAGAACUUCAGGCAAUGAGAAACAACUUAGUCUUUUGCGAUAAGCCCUGGAGAAUUUCCCCGUUGAAAAAGGUGCGGGAAAGAUUCCUAAACGAGUGGAAACUUAACCACCCCGAGUAA